UGCUGAGCGCCCAUUACCCAGAAUUCCGCGCUUCGUGCUCAGUGCUGCCCCCGCUGGGCGCUGCUAUCUUCCUACACAGGCUGCACUCGGGGCCACUUCGGACCGAGGCGGAUGGAUUCAGGUUGUUAGCAGUGUGGUCGAUGUGUGUAGACUUUUACAUGUGGGCCUGACGCGGAUUACUCGUCCAUCAUCCUCAAGCCGGUUGACUCGGGUGCGUUUUGGACCUGGUUCGGCUGCUCCGUUUCCUGCUCCAGAGCAGGCAUAACUCCGCUGUUGGCACAUUGGGACAAGAGAAACAUGUCCUGUAAGUGCACUUCGGCGGCAAGGUUACUCCUUAUCUCGGCGCAGAAAGGUAUCUCCUGCUCUCGGGUUCAGAGGUUUACCCUGUGUAGGCCUGUGCCUCAUGACAUUCCCUUGAUGCACAGAGUGCCAUUAAGGUCAUUUUCAGAGACUACAGUGUAUUUUGCAUCAAAAGAUGGGACAACUAAAGAUGGACUUGGUGAUGGUGGAAAGAAGACAGUCAGUGAGGCUGGUGGGAAGAGAUCUGCAAAUUCAGGAAGCACAGGCAAAGGAGGAGGCCACCUGCGUUGCCCCAAGUGUGGUGAUCCUUGCACUCAUGUGGAGACAUUUGUCUCCUCCACACGCUUUGUGAAAUGUGAGAAGUGCCAUCAUUUCUUUGUGGUGCUCUCAGAAACUGACUCCAAGAAGAGUCUAAAAACAGAGCCAGAAACAGCUGCUGAAGCUGCCAAACUAGCCUUUCAACAGAAACCACCUCCGCCUCCUAAAAAGAUCUAUGCAUACUUGGAUAAGUAUGUGGUGGGCCAGUCCCACGCCAAGAAGGUGCUGGCUGUAGCUGUGUACAACCAUUAUAAACGCAUCUACAACAACAUCCCUGCUGGAUCCAGGCCUCAGGCAGAGGUGGACAAACAAACGUCACUGUCACCAAGAGAACUAGAGAUACGAAGACGGGAGGAUGAGUACAGAUUUACAAAGCUGCUGCAGAUUGCUGGCAUCAGUCCUCAUGGCAAUGCCUUGGGGGCAUCCAUGCAGCAACAGGUGAAUCAGCAGACCCCUCAGGAGAAGCGGGGUGGGGAGGUCCUGGACUCCACACACAAUGAUAUAAAACUGGAAAAGAGCAAUAUUGUACUUUUGGGCCCAACUGGAUCAGGUAAAACACUAUUGGCUCAAACCCUUGCAAAAUGCCUGGAUGUUCCCUUUGCCAUCUGUGAUUGCACCACGUUGACUCAGGCAGGAUAUGUAGGAGAGGAUAUCGAAUCGGUCAUUGCAAAGCUGCUUCAAGAUGCCAACUAUGUAGUGGAGAAGGCACAGCAAGGCAUAGUCUUCCUGGAUGAGGUGGAUAAGAUUGGCAGUGUUCCUGGAAUCCACCAGCUUCGUGAUGUUGGAGGAGAAGGAGUUCAACAGGGUUUACUCAAACUGCUUGAAGGUACCAUUGUUAAUGUCCCGGAAAAAAACUCCAGAAAGCUGAGGGGUGAGACGGUGCAGGUGGACACGACCAACAUCCUGUUUGUAGCUUCAGGGGCUUUCAAUGGGCUCGACCGGAUAAUCAGCCGCAGGAAAAAUGAGAAGUACCUGGGUUUCGGCAGCCCAUCCAGCCUGGGGCAGGGCAGGCGGGCGGCGGCAGCAGCAGACCUAGCCAACAGCAGUGGUGAGGUGGAUACGGUGCAGGAGAUAGAGGAGCGGGAUCGGCUGCUCCGCCAUGUGGAGGCACGCGACCUCAUUGAGUUCGGCAUGAUCCCUGAGUUUGUGGGCCGGCUGCCUGUAGUGGUGCCACUGCACAGCCUUGAUGAGGACACGCUGGUGCGCAUUCUGACAGAGCCCCGCAAUGCUGUGGUGCCCCAGUACCAGGCCCUCUUCAGCAUGGACAAGUGUGAGCUCAAUGUGACCCCAGAUGCACUACGUGCUAUUGCUCGACUGGCUCUGGAAAGGAAGACUGGAGCUCGUGGACUCCGGUCCAUCAUGGAAAAGCUGCUGUUGGAGCCAAUGUUUGAGGUGCCACAUUCUGACAUUGUGGCGGUGGAGCUGAGUAAGGAUGUAGUUCUAGGAAAAUCGGAACCGCGUUAUAUAAGAGCACCUGCGAAAGAGCCUACAGAUGAAGACUUUGAUUCUGGCAUUGAAGAAGAGAACUGGCCUCGACAGGCAGAUGCAGCCAACAAUUGAUUAAUUUUUUGGAACUUAAAGCAUGGAGCAGUUCCUCCUUUUAAUGAAACAAGCCACGGAGAAGGGCAGGAGCACACAAUGGAAGUGGAGGACUAUAGUCCGGGAUCACAUUCAGGCUCUGUAUCUCUAUGGCCAUUAUGAACGUUUAGUUCGUUGUCUGUAAAACUGUUGAUUUCCAUGCCCUGGCCGCAAAGCUACAGGCUUUUCAUCAGGUGAAAUCUACUAAAUAUUAACUGGGGGUUACUCUGCACAGUGGCGUUAUUUUGAGCAAAAAGGAUGGUGUUUUUCUUUAGAAAAUUUCCAGUGAAAAUGGUAAGAGAACCAAAUGGACAGAACUGGGCUCAUAAAA